AUGGUCUUCAAGGUUUCGAAAAAAAUUAGAGCGAUUCAGAUGAAUCACACAAACGCAGUUGACAAGGUUUCGACAGAUGCUGGGUCUGUCUUGAGCGUAUCAGAACGUAGCAUCAAGCUGCCCACCAUAAAACUGCCAUCACUUAACGGUGAUGUAACGCAAUUCCGGCAUUUUCACAAUACAUUUGUGAGUCUUGUCGUAAACAAUGAGGAACUAGAGGACAUUGCUAUGUACUAUCAUUUUCUGAGUUCAUUAACAGGUGAAGAACGCAAUGUAAUUGCCCAUCUCCCUGUGACUCGUACUAACUUUAAGGUAGCCUUUGAUUUGGUCUGUAAUAGAUACAAUAAUCCUCGACUGGUUGCAUCAGCACACUUAAACAAACUGCUAACGCUACCGGCAAUCACAAAGUCAUGUUCAGGUGAACUUCUUGCACUACUGAACGAGGCUUUAAGCAAUGUGUAUGCGCUGAUGGCAUUACAGCUAGAUGUCUCUUUGCGAGGCUUAAUUACAUCACAGCUCCUUACAGAAAGGGUUGAACAUUCUAUAACAACCGACUCUGAAGACAGACUGAGUUCAAGUAGCUUACCAACAUUUAAAGAAACUUGUGCCUUUCUCGAGAAUAAAUGUAAAUCUUUAGAAAUAGCCAAGACUACAGCACCACAACGUCAAGGCACAACUGUUAAUAAACAACAGAAUGCGCCCAAUACCAAGCAGUUUGGGCAUUCGAAACAGACAUAUGUUGCUACAAGUACUGCAUGUGUCAUGUGUUACCAGCCUCACGUGCUGCACAAGUGCAGUAAAUUCAAACAAGCCAUGUGUAGUGAACGCAAGGCUGUUGUGAUGCGCAACAACUUGUGCCACAACUGUCUGAAGAAUGAUCACAGGGCUUCUUAA